AUGGCCGCCAUUGCACCGGGGGAACCCGACCUCCCCGCAUAUCGGGCGCGGAGCUACCAGCUGGAGAUGUUCGAGGCGAGCCUGAAGGGCAACAUCAUCGUCGCGAUGGGCACUGGAAGUGGGAAAACACACAUCGCUCUCCUGCGAAUAAUGCAUGAGCUGGAGAAUUCUGAUGGAAAGCUCAUAUGGUUUCUGGCACCAACCGUCGCACUGUGUCUCCAGCAGCACAAGGUCAUCUCACAGCACAUCCCAGCUGCAAAGUCGAGGACCCUCACCGGCCUAGACAAGGUCGAGCUGUGGACCGAGCAGGCUAUCUGGGAUGCCGUUCUGCAGGAUGUCCAAGUCGUUAUAUCGACGCAUGCUGUUCUUGUUGAUGCGAUGACGCACGGCUUCGUUAGGAUUUCGCAACUUGGGCUUAUUAUCUUCGAUGAAGCGCAUCAUUGCGUGCGGAAUCACCCCGCGAACAAGAUUAUGAGAGACUUUUACCAUCCUGCUGUUGCGAGGUUUGGUCCGGAUGCUGUUCCGAGUAUUUUGGGUCUGACAGCUAGUGCUGGGUCGAGUCGUGAGGAGUUGCUGUAG